AUGGCGGGGUUGCAAGGUUUAAACUCCGCUUUUGACCAAAUGCAUUUUCCUGUUGACAGUUCUAAUUCUGGUCGGAGUUCCUGUGCAACAAGUCACUCAUCUCAUUCUCGCUCUAACUCCUCCUCUGUAUCAAAGACUCAUAUCCAAAUCAAUGGAUUCACACCCGAAUUUAAAACAAAUCAUCAAGGAAGCUAUGACACUUUGAAUACAAGUUUUCCGGAUGAUAAUGACUGCACGGAACGGUUUACUCGUAUGGUAGAGUUGGAGCGUGUUCCAUGGACAAACCAACAUGUCGCGGUGGUCUUGCAGAAUACCGGUACAAGACAUGUCGGUGAAAAAAUACCGAUUGAUAUUAUACAGCGAUUAUCAUAUCUACUUCAGAGACCUUUACUAAGGAUUGCCAAAGAAGCUAAACGUUUGAGCUCUUUGUAUGAAAAAUGUAGCAAAAAUGAAAUUCACACGGCUAUAAAGAUAGUCUUUUCACAAACAUUAGCCGAGAGUUGCUUAAAUGCUGCGCUGAAAUCACUCUCGCUGUACCAAAUGAACGGUGAACAAUACAAACAGAGUAAAAGCGUUCGUGCCGGACUCAUUUUUUCGGUUGGUAAAUUUUUUAGGUGGCUGGUUGAUUCGCAGGUUGCGUUACGUAUACACGAACUGUCUGCCGUGUAUUUAGCUGCAUGUAUGGAGAAUUUGUUAGUAGAGAUGUUUAACCGUAUUGUAAUUAAUGCGUAUGAAUCCAAAGAGGGCUACGCUUUGACAAUAGAUUUACUGGAAUAUGGAAUCGCUAAUGAUUGCGAUCUGUGGGGAGUCUUGCAAUCCUCUGAGCAUCUUGUUUGUGGCCGCAAUUCUGCAG